AUGAGUGAUUACAGCAGCGAUGAUGAAUCAAACGAAGAACAGUACGUUUUGUACAAAGAUAGACCCGAAUGGAAAGAUGUAACGCCUGUAAAACAAGACGAUAUCGACGAACCAGUAGUGGCAAUCGAUUACACAAAGAAAUUUGAGGAUUGCUAUGACUAUUUUCGAGCUGUGGUACAGAAAAAGGAGAUAUCCGAACGAGCGCUGGAACUGACACAAACGGCUGCUUGUUUAAAUUCCGCGAAUUAUACGGUUUGGCAGUACAGGCGAGAUAUACUCAAAGGAUUGAACAAAGAUCUUCACGCUGAAUUAGAUUUCAUCGAAAAGAUCAUUAUAAAGCAAUCGAAGAAUUAUCAAGUGUGGCACCACAGGAGAGUGCUGGUAGAAUGGUUGCAGGAUCCUGUGAAGGAAAAGCAUUUAACAGAAACUGUUCUAGCUAAAGAUGCCAAGAAUUAUCACGCCUGGCAACACCGGCAGUGGGUUAUCAAAACUUUCAAAUUGUUCGAUGGAGAACUGGAAUACGUGAACACCCUCUUGACGGACGAUGUUCGAAACAACUCGGCAUGGAACCAAAGAUACUUCGUCAUCAACAACACGACCGGUUUCACGGAAGACGUCCUUGACAGAGAGAUCGAUUACACUCUAUUUCACGCCAAAGCGGUGACGGAAAACGAAAGCGCUUGGAACUACUUACGCGGCCUCUUACUGCACGACAAAGGCGGGCUCAGUAAAAACAAGAAAGUCACCGAAUUCGUCGAAAAUUUAUACGAAUCUGGUAAUAGAUCACCAUUUUUGUUAGCCAUCAUAGUGGACAUGUGCUACGAGCAAAUUGGAGACGGUGGUGGUGACUCCAAAUACUCGUUGCAACGUGCUAAGGAAUUGUGCGAAGCUUUGAUCGGAAAGUACGAUACUAUUAGAGCUAAUUAUUGGCAACACAUGUUAGAUACUCUUCAGAGUUCUUGUAAGGACGAAGCGGGUGCUAGUACUAGUGGUAAUUGA